AUGUUGGAGGAAUCCAGGAUGGACAAAAAAUCGAUAAACAGAUUAUCUCAACAACAGUCGAGAGCUUCGGCUAUCGACUGUAAAAAAAGUACUGAAUUGACACACAAACCUUGGCUACGGAAUAAUAAGAAACGUGAGGGAUCUGGUGCCGCUCCCAAAAAUGAACCUUUUCGACGAAAUCCCCCAUCACAAAGAGGUAGGGGUCAGAUUGAUAAACGAUCCCGCGCUCGUGGAACUAAUUUUAUUGUGGGUGGAACGCAGAUCACCGGGAUAGAACAAGAUGAAGAGCCUGAAAUAGGCUCAGUGUAUCAGCCUGGAAGUAAAAAGCAAAACUUGAAUCAUUUGCUUAACUUCAUGUAUCCCACACGUGGAGGUUCUGACCGGAGGGCCCCUGUCCCGCGCCGUCCUGUUCAAAAUAUGGCUCAUAAACACAAGCAUGAUCUCUAUCUUCGUGCUAAUUGCCAGUUCGUAGUCAAAGAAGAUGGAAAUUAUGAAGUUAAUUUAAUGGAUCCAGAUAUGCCCAUCAAAUGGGAGCAGAUUGAAGAAGUUGUUGUAAGAAGCACAGGUCGUUCAGAAUGUCCCAUAUGUCUUGGUACUCCAGUGGCUGGGCGUGUUGACCAUUGUGGCCAUGUGUACUGCUGGGCCUGUGUUCUACAUUAUGCUGAUGCUCAUGAAAAGCAACCACCACCUUGCCCAGUAUGUGCCGCACUUUUACAAGUCAAUGAAAUGAAGCCAGCCUAUAUGAUUCAGUGGGAAUCACCUGCUGAAGAGGUUACAAUGCGUCUUGUCCGUCGACUUAGAGGUACAACAACAGUGGAAGUUGCCCCACCUCGUGGACAAAUAAAAAAUACCUUGGCAACACCAAUAUUGCCACUUGAAUAUUUAAAUAAUGCACCAUUUACAAAAUAUUUUACUGCUACUAAGGAACAAGUUUCCAAAAUAUUAGAAAAAGAGCGAGAAGAGAUUAACAAUCAGAUUUUGGCCGAAAUUGACACAACUGAAAUCAUUUAUUUGGAAAGAGCUUUAGAAUUAUUGAAAUUGAAAGAGGAAGCUAUUAAAAACCAAGUUGAGAAACCUAAACCGCCAGAAGUGUUGGAAAAUAUGGCCCCUAUUGUGUUUGAAAAACAAGAAAUUAGUGAUAAGAAAUUGGAUUGGUUUGAUGUCUCAGAAGAAGGUGCAGCAUGUAUUGAAGUGAUGACAGAACAUAUGGCUUCAUUAGAAGUUACUGACUCUGAUUUGAAUUCAGAAACAGUUGAUUUUUUACAAGAUGAAUUGAACGAUAACAAUCAAACAGAAGAGUUCCCACUCAUAGAAUGUGCUCCUCCAGGGGAUGAACCAGUAAAUAAUGAUAACUUAUUUUCUGAUAUUGACAAAGAAAAUCAAGCAAAAUACUUUUAUUUUUAUCAAGCUGAAGAUGGACAACAGGUAUUCCUUAACAGUCUUAAUGUACGUAUAUUAAAUGCAUCCUGGGGUGGCCUUGUCACAGCACCUCCUGUUAUACGCGGUCGGGUUCUGAAUCGCGAAACAUUGUCACUUGCUGAUCAGGCAAGAAAACAUAUGCCAUACACUGCUCACCUGCCAGUUUACUGUUCCUUUGAUAUAGUAGAGCUCGAUUUACAACCACCUUUUGUUACAACUGCAGCAUUAGAAAGUUUUUCAGAUGAACUGAGACGCCGUGCACGUAUUCGUGCCAAUUUAGAACGCAAGGAAAGACGUCGCGAGCUACAGUAUCGUCGAGCGAUGGAGGGCCCGCCUCGUCCUGAUUUUACAUCAGAAGUGCUGUUCCCUCGCGCCUCAACUUCAUUCGGCAGUCCUACUCCCAUGGAGACUGUGUCGGUUUCUCCCACAGAAAGUAGCCAGUCACCUUCUAAUUCUGUAGGAGUAUCUGAGCAAACAAGUUCAAAUCCAAGCCCAUCUUCUUCUGGACUGUCAUUUGCAAAGAUGGCAAGUACAAGUGGCACAUGGCGAGUUAGGAAAACUGCUCCGCCGACUCCUUCGCCGCCAGACGCUGACGAAGCCUCAGGCCCACGAGCACUUGUACUAAGUGAUGCCAUAGAAGCCGCAUUACACGCAGCACCUUCUCCUUCUAGCAAGAAAAAUAAAAAAUCUAAGCCUAAAGUGUUGUUUGCUACUGGCAUGCAACGCACUGGGUAA